AUACAGACCGUCGGCAUAUACAUGCAUGCAUAUAUAUAUAUAUAUAUAUUUGUUUGUAUAACCUAAAACCCUCUCUCUCCUUUUCUCUCACAUCGAUUCAUCCACGCGCACACGCUGAAUCCAAUCAAAUCAAAUCGGAUCCUAAAACCCUUCCCCGCCGAAGAAUUUGAUUUCUUCUUCCGCUCCGAAUUCUCCGUGGUUUCGUUCGAGUACGGUUUAGAUUCAGAUUCAGAUUGGAUUGAGGGGUUUUUUUUUUUCCCGGAUUGAAUUGUUUAAUGGAAGAAGCGGGUCAACGGGAUCGAAUUGCCUCGGCGGCGACGUCGCCCUCCGCCGCCGCCUUUCCCGCCGGUGGGAGACCUGUUGAGCCCAACUUGACUGAACAGCCGCUUCUGCACAACAAUGAAAGGCUUGUUUCUGUAAAUCCUACUCAGGCUGCAGGCGUCCCAGGGCCUUCAAAGGAUGUCACAGAUCAGAUAGGAUCUGUGUAUACAAGUGGAAAUAUUACCCCUGUCUACCCCCAGGAACAGACAUAUUUUUAUGGAGGCUAUGAAAACAGCACCGGUAAUUGGGAUGACUAUUCUCGCUAUGUCAGUGCCAGUGGUAUGCAAGUUGUAUCGCCGGCAAUGUACAACGAUAAUUCAUCGAUGCUUCGUUAUGGCCUUGAUAGUCAAAUGGCUUAUGGACAGUUUUCCCCUAUGGCUAGUCCUCUGUCCCCAAUAAUGGUAGAUGGCCAGCUAUACUCUCCGCAUCAAAUCCCAAUGUCUCCAAAUUAUUUUCCGCAGCCAGUUUCUCCUGGUGUGCCACAUGUAACUUCAUCUCUUCCAUCGCAAACUGAACUGGUUGCAGCAGGAAGUAGUGGCCAAGAGGGUCUUGGUGACAAUGUUCUUUUUGGGCCAGGAUCAGCGUACUUUCUACAUUUUGGAUCUUUUGGUGGAGGUGGUCUUUCUGGAGAACCCUUGUCAAAUAUGUCAAGCUCAGAGUCGGGUGGUUAUUUGCCUCAGUUGACAUCACCAGCAGGUUAUCCCCAACCAAUGGGUAUACUUGGGCCAUAUGAGCACAAUUUUGGGCAGAUUUCUCAACAGAGACCAUUUCACAGCUAUGGAUCGAUGGACAGCUCCUUCUCUAGAAACUAUAGGCCUGGCAGCUCAUAUCAGAGCUCAAAUUAUGGUACUGCAUCUACCACUAACUGGGGGGCAAAUUAUCGGAGCCGAUUCGCUUCUGACAAAGGUGGAAGCCGAGAAAGAGACCGUGAAUCAAUUUUUGUGUCGAAUGAUGCACAUGGUACCUCUAGUGAUCGUAAUCGAGGACCAAGGGCUUCAAAACCAAAGGGCAAGAGCCCUACUGAAGAGAGCUCAAUAACUGCUACUAGCAAAAAUGUUGCUUCUGUUUCUGUGGUUCAUCGUGGUCUCUAUAACCAACCUGAUUUUGUCACGGACUAUGAGAAUGCUAAGUUCUUCGUCAUAAAGUCUUUCAGUGAAGAUAAUGUACACAAAAGCAUCAAAUACAGCGUUUGGGCCAGCACACCACUUGGAAACAAAAAAUUGGAGAUUGCUUAUGGUGAAGCAAAAGAGAUGAAGGGCCAAUGUCCAAUCUUUCUUUUGUUUUCGGUCAAUGCAAGUGGACAGUUCUGUGGUGUUGCAGAGAUGGUCGGGCCCGUAGAUUUCGAUAAUGAUGCAGACUACUGGCAGCAGGAUAGGUGGAGUGGACAGUUUCCUGUCCGGUGGCAUAUAAUUAAGGAUGUCCCUAAUGGUCGAUUCCGCCACAUACUUCUGGAGAAUAAUGAAAAUAAGCCAGUAACUCAUAGCCGAGACUCUCAAGAGGUAAAACUGGAGCAGGGUAUCGAGAUGUUGAAAAUCUUCAAGGAUCAUGAAGCCGAGACUUCCAUCUUGGAUGAUUUCAAUUUUUAUGAUGAACGGGAGAAAGCUUUGCAGGAAAGGAAGGCCAGACAGCAAGCCAGCAGUUCAACUAAGAAAGAGGAGGAUGCUGAUGCUUCUAUUAAGCAACUUUCUGAAAACUUAGCUGGAGCCCUGCAGUUGGAAGAUGGUGGUGGUAAAGAAGAACCCAGAACCAAGUAGAGUAUUGUGCUCGGUCAGGAGUUUGUGCAUUACAAGUAGGUAGCAGAUAGGUUGUAGGAGGGGGGUAUUUCAGGCUUUUUUGAGGUUUCCUCAGCAUACUUCCAAGUCAUUAACAUGUUGCUUCUGCUGGUGGGAGCAAUUUUCUGAGGUAGUUUCUAAAAAUCUCUCACAGGCUUUUUUUUUCUCUCGUAGAUGGGUCUUUUAAUUUGGCGAUUGUUGGAAGAUUGGGCAGUGAUUUAGGCGUCUUGGUAGGCAGACUCAGGCCUUGAGGCACUUGAAGUGAAGUCUAUAGGUGCCUGAUGCCAAACAAAUUGUACUUUAACCUGCUUGCCUGCCUGCCUGCUUUCUUAUCUUUUGUGUUUUUUUCUAUUUUUUUUAGCAAGGUUUUUCUUGUUUCACUUUCGGGUUGAAGGGCAUUAACUUUAGAAAGGGAGGAUCUGUUGGAUUUACCCAAUCUGGGUCGUUAUUUGACUAAUCAGUGCUGCAGAAGCAUAGUUAUAGAGAUUCAACACCACAUUAUACAUUUUCCUUUUACCUAUUUCUUCCAAAUCUUUGCUUGAAAUCAGCAAAAAGAAAAUGUAUCCUUGUGUAUUGCGAAACUCAUUAUGGUAUUUGACCAAAUUCAUGAGGUAUUCAUUUGCCUCCAAGAAAGCAUAAUUUGGAGUUUGUUUUGGACCUGA